GUCCGCAGGUCUAGCCUGCUCGACUUGUCACAUCUUAUAGGAUGUAUGGAGGGGUGGAGGUAUGCCCGAUACGCUAUAGUCUCUCGGUUCCUGAUCAGACUAACACCUAGAGUUACUUUACUCCACAUAAUUUAUUUGCCAACCCUUCAUCCCCAGAAUCUCCACGUCUCCCCGCCAAAAUGGGUUGCAAGGCAAUAUCGUAUAUAUAUCUUCUUAGAGUCCGUGUUGUCGGUCCUGGGUCUAAGACGGUCUCCCCACAUCCCCCGGAUUGCUUAUAUCUAUUCUGAAACUUGCGUAUAUCACUUUACUCAACCUUACUCUCACAUCAUAUCACAUCACCUUCACACCUCAUCACCAACUGCUUGGCUAGACUUCGAGCAGAGCACUCGGGACUACCUGAGCCAACAUGGCGCCGAGUAUACCAAUUCCCACUCAAGGUGGCAUGUUUCAUACUUUCCAAGGAGUUACUCCUAGGAAGCAGUCUACAGACUCUACUGAGAGCGCCAAGACGAACGGUAAUGGCACAGCCAAGCGUAUCACCACACCUCAUGCAUGCGCAGAAUGCAAACGCAGGAAAAUUCGAUGUGAUGGCCAGCAGCCAUGCGGUCAAUGUCUCUCUAGCAGAGCUCCUAAGCGAUGCUUCUAUGACAAGCACCGCCAAAGAGUGAUCCCGUCGAGAAAAACCCUCGAGGCUCUAUCACAAUCCCUAGAGGAGUGCAGAUCGAUCCUGAAGAGGCUGUUCCCUAAUCAUGAGGUUCAAUCUCUUCUCCCAUUACCUCGUCAGGAGCUGCUCAGUCUCCUCGACCGACCACAAAUCGACGCAACGACGGCCCUACCAUCGCCGCCACUACAUACUUCUCCCAUGCCUGGCGAUAUCGGUUCUCCUACUCUGUCUGGAUCCGACCAAGGUCUUUCCAGCUUAGAGCAAAUACCGUCUCGGGACAUCGAAUGGGAUGAAGAGCGCCGAGGACGCGAUCCUAUCCCAGUCGAGGCGGACGACGUGAACGCCCUCUCUCUUUCAGUGGACCGCCAAGCAUCGUAUCUAGGAGCUUCAUCGAUUAAGGCCGCGCUCAUGGUAAUGCUAAAGGUCCAACCUGGUCUCCGGAACUCUCUUACUCCUCCCCUUAACAGCGUAGAAAUGGCCCACAACCUCCCGAUUAUGAGGCAAAAAGUCACAAAUCCCAAGGAGCCCCAACGGGUACCUUGGUCAUGGAAGGGUCAGACACUCAUUGACGCGUAUUUCAAGCGGAUUCACGUAUUCGUUCCUAUGCUAGAUGAGGCUUCUUUCCGCGCCGACUACCUGGAAGGCCAACGCUACGACGCUCCCUGGCUUGCGCUUCUCAACAUGGUCUUCGCUAUGGGAUGCAUUGCUGCGCUAAAAUCGGACGACUACAACCACCUCAACUACUACAGCCGGGCUAUGGAAUAUCUCCCAAUGGACUCCUUCGGCAGCAGCCACAUCGAAACCGUCCAGGCCUUGGCUCUUAUCGGAGGAUACUACCUCCACUACAUCAACCGUCCGAACAUGGCCAAUGCCGUCGUCGGCGCCGCGAUCAGGAUGGCCAGCGCCCUUGGCCUGCACCGCGAGAGCCUGGCCCAAGGGCCCGCCGGAACCAGCAAAGAGAUCGCCGCGGCGGAAACCCGGCGACGCACCUGGUGGAGCCUUUUCUGCCUCGACACCUGGGCGACGACGACCAUGGGCCGCCCGUCCUUCGGGCGCUGGGGCCCCGCGAUCAACAUCCGGCCCCCUGAGACCGGGGUCAGCACGGGGCGCGACUCGGCGCAGCACGCGGGCAUCCUGCCACUAGUAGAAAACAUCAAGUUCUGCAAGAUCGCGACCGCGAUCCAGGACAUGCUCGCCAUCUCGCCGCUGCUGCGCGCCGAGGACCGGUGCAAUCUGGACGGGCAGCUGGUGAACUGGUUCAGCAACCUGCCGUGGCUGCUGCGCACCAGCGACCCGUGCGCGGAACCGCUGUACAUCGCGCGCUGCAUCAUGAAGUGGCGGUACCAGAACCUGCGCAUGCUGCUGCACCGGCCCGUGCUCCUGAACCUGGCGUCGAGCGGCGCGAGCCACGCCGCCGAGCACGACAUCGCCGCCAUCGAGGCGUGCCGCGACCUCGCGAAGCAGACCAUCGAGGAUAUCUCGCGCGAGUGGUCGCGCAACCAGAUGUCCGGCUGGAACGCGGUUUGGUUCUUGUAUCAGGCUGCUAUGAUCCCGCUCGUCUCCAUCUUCUGGCAGUGGGACAGCCCCCGCGUCCAGGACUGGCAGAAGCAGAUCGAGACUAUACUUGAGCUGCUCGAGGCUAUGGAGGAUUGGAGCUUGGCGGCUAGGAGAUCGAGGGAGGUCGUUUGGAGGAUGUAUGAGGCUUCUCGCCAGCUCGAGCCUGCGAUGCUGAGGCAGCAGAGCCCGAUGGCGCGCUUGCAGGUUGUCACCGAUCAUACGGGCGUGAGCAUGGGGCCUAUUAGCGCGGAUGGCACUGAUCUGCAUAUGAGUCCGAUCGGCCUCGAGCCCGAGGGCUUCGGGGGCAUGAUGGGUAUGCUGGACCAGCAUGGCCUGUGGGACCUCGACGGCAUGCUCUGGGGCGCGCCGGACGAGAUGGAGUGGGCGCAGCAGCACUUCGGCGCCGGCGCCGGCAACAUGCACGAUGCGACGCCGGCGGGCGGGUGCGGGCUGAUGGGGCAGCUUGGCGCUUACGGCAUCGACAGCUCGGCGUUUUCAUUCGUUCAUUGAUUUUUACUGGGGUACGUUACUUGUACGAUGGAAGAGACACAUGGCUACGCAGCUGCAAAACUUACUCUUUGCUGAUACUAUUACUGUUACGAUGAUUGGGUGGAUGUUCUCUGAUGGCAGGUCUCUUGAACA